AUGCAGAUCUCAAACAUCCUCUUCACUGUCCUGGCCGCCGGUGCCUCAGUCGUCUCCGCCCAGGACUCGACCACCGUCCUGACUACCUCCCUGACAAAGAGCGUCACCCUCACCAAGGUCUCGGCGACCGCCAGCAGCAGCCUGAUCUCGUCCGCUGUAGCCAACACGACCGAGCCUGUCGCAACGCCAACCACUUCCACCUACUUCCCCCUAGGCAACUCGACCGUCCCCUACCAGUCGGGAACCGGUGUCCUGCACACCUCCACCAGGGCCUCUGCCACCGCCACCGACUCGUCUGGCGAGACCGGCAGCGCCACCGGCUCGGCUGCCGCGAGCUCCUCCAGCUCUGCCGCCGCCGCCGGCGCGCAGACCCUGCAGGGUGGCCUGCUCCUGGGCGCCCUGGGAGCCGUGGCCAUGCUCGUCUAA